AUGGACGAUGAACAUCCAGGCAAAUCCCCGACGCCAUCAUCUCCAACGCCUGAUGAGGUCAAUAACCAUCCAUAUGCUAUUCAAGUUGACGCUUCGGUCACUCCGUUUGGAAAUUCAAAAGGAGAAAUGUUUGCCCGAGAUAAUGGAGUAAGCAAUAUCAAGAUUGGAGAAUGGGAAACCAGCUUAUGCUUUGGUUGUUUCAAGCAUUGUGUGCCAAAUUGCUGCAUGGUGACCUUCUGUCCCUGCGUCACCCAAGCACAAAUUUCGUCUCGCCUUGGAAUGGCAUCGUAUUGGCGGAUGCUGUCAGGACUGCUGCGCCUCUCUCUUCUGUCCGUGCUGUACAUUGGCACAAAUUGCUACACACAUUAA